AUGCCACAAGAAGAACGAUUGGCUCGCUACCAAGCCUUCAAAGACUUCCAGAAACGUAUCCUGGUAGCCACCGAUCUAUUUGGCCGUGGAAUGGACAUCGAGCGAGUCAAUAUCGUCUUCAACUACGAU